GAGAAUUCAAAUUGAUCUAUAAACUUAGUGUUGAAAAUCCUUAUACAUACUAAAUAUGUUGUUCAAUUAAAAUAUGUCGCUUAGAUUUAAGUCGACGGAGUUACAUUGCUUCAAUUGGUUUUAUAAUAUCUCACCAUGUUUUCCUGUAAACAGUAGUAAAGUGAAUAUAAUAACGGAUCCAAGGAAAUUUUAUGAUACAUUGUGUGAAAGAUUUAAAAAUGCCAAUCGUCGCAUAUCAGUGGCCAGUUUGUACAUUGGUACAGGGGACUUGGAAAAGAAAUUACUGGAUGUUACACGGAAAAAUCUUAUCUCAAAUAAAAAAUUACAAUUGGAUGUAUUAUUGGAUUAUCAGCGAGGUACUCGUGGGGAAGUCAAUUCUCGUAGUAUGGUGCAAGAAUUAGUGAAGGUUGCACAAGAUCAGUGUAAAUUGUCCUUGUACCAGACUCCUCGUCUUCAAGGCUCCUGGUCCAAAAUUUUACCUGCUCGUUAUAAUGAAAUUUUGGGACUACAACACAUGAAAUUAUACAUUACUGAUGAUUCAGUUUUAUUGAGUGGUGCUAAUUGCUCCAAUGAUUAUUUUCAAAAGAGACAGGAUCGCUAUAUUGAAAUUGAAGAUGUAGAUCUUGCAAAUUUUUAUCAAGAACUCAUAGAUGAAGUUACAAAGUUUAGUAAACAAGAGUCCGGUGAAAAAGUGAACAAGUAUUCUAAGGAAACAUUAAUUAAGGAUGUUAAUAGAAAUAUUGUAGGCUUAAUUGAAAAAUGGAAGAGCAAGCAAAUUACAAAAAUGACAUCAAUUGAUGAUGGUACAAAAGACACAUGGGUGUUUCCUUUAAUACAAAUGGGAGAAUUUGAUAUCACUCAAGAUGAAUAUGCAACAUGCAACAUUCUCUCCUCUGCCCCCAAAGGAUCUUACCUCAGAUUGGCUACUGGUUAUUUUAAUUUAACUGAAAAUUAUGUCAAUACUUUGCUAAAGAAUUGCAAGGCUAAUAUCAGUUUAUUAAUGGCACAUCCAAAUGCAAAUGGAUUUUUGGGAGCAGCAUGGCCGGCUGGUGGAAUUCCACAUGCAUAUUCAUUAAUAGCACAAAAGUUUUGGCAAAGAGUUGUUGAUACCAAUCAAGCAAGUAGAAUAUUAAUGCUGGAGUAUGAGAGACCAGAGUGGACUUUUCAUGCUAAAGGAUUAUGGUACUACCCACCUGGCAGCAGCCGGCCAUGGGCGACUGUGAUCGGGUCCGCCAACCUCGGCGAGCGCUCCGUGAAGAGAGACCUCGAGGCGCAGGCUGCCAUAUUUACCACCUCAUCAGAAUUACAGGAGAGGCUCCACAAAGAGUGUGACAUGCUGCACCAGCACGCGGCAGAGUGCAGCGCUGCGCUGCACAGCCGGGAGACGCCGCUGUGGGUACAAGCCACUGUCCGCUUAUUUAGAACAUACUUCUAGUGUUUACUAAUUAAUUUUCUUUCCCACUCACGACCUAGUAUUGUAAAGCAAAAGAGCCAUCUAUCAUUUAGCGUGUUUGUGUUGUUAUUGUCUUUGUGCAUUAUGAGAGUAGUGACAUUUCACCAAAAUGGGUAGGAAAUAAAUGUCCUCGGCUGUACGCGCUUAUCAUCUACUCGCCCUUCCAGUUUAGGUUGCUACGUGAAAGUUGCAGUAGCAUUGAAAUUGUUAAAUAACACAAGUUUUUGCCAGUUAGAUACACGAACUAUGUUGUAAGAGAGUGUGCAAUUAUUUACUCUGAGAUCCCAACUUAACCUGCACCAAAUGUGACACAUAAAUAUAAAAAAUUGAAUCGUAGCAUUAAAAUUGUACAAAUUUUAGCUGUGAUUUUUAAAAUGUCUAAGCAUUUCCAAAAACUAGAUAACAGAAUGUUGAUUUCCAUGAAAUUAUUGGGUAUCAAGUAAAUACAG